AUGUUGGCCAUCGUCGAUCCAGGCACCCCUCGGCACCCAGAGCACGAGAUAUUCUCCUCUCCGGCCAUGCGGAUGUUCCAGCGGAUAUCAUUCGGUCUCCUCCCAAGCUUCAUACAGCGGAGGGUGCGCCCUGGCUACAGCAAGCCCCCCCGACUGCAUCCGACUUCAUAUCUAGAUGGUUUGCGUGGCGUAUCAUCGUUCAUCGUGUUCAUGGGACACUAUACCGAAGAAACCCUGGGCUGGUAUACGGAGCCGUACGGGGCCUUCGAGGAUGGGGCCCCUUCUUCUCCCUUACAAUUACCGUUUGUGCGGGUGAUCUACUCACCUCGGCCGAUGGUUCAUAUCUUUCUAAUCAUAUCCGGAUUCGUGCUCUCCUACAAGCCGCUCAAGCAGAUUCAUUCACAACAGUACGCCGCCCUCGCCAACACUCUCUCGUCCUCCGUCUUCCGCCGGGCCCUGCGACUAUUCCUCCCCUCGUUCAUUACCAUGUUCAUCAUGGGCAUAGCCCUGUAUUACGGCUUGUCGGUACCACGAUACGCCCAACGGGAAAUAUCUCUAUCCGGGCAAUUGAGUAACGUCUGGAUGACCUGCUUGGGAUUGCUAGGGGCGUCUUGGGCAGUGAACGAUCUUGGGUACCCUCAACCGCCGUACAACCCGGCGCUGUGGACGAUUCCGGUCGAGUUCGCGCAAUCGUUAUUGCUCUUCGUGGCUAUUCUCGGACUCUCGCGGUGCGUGACACAUGUCCGCCUCUUCUUACUCUUCGGCUUGAUGACUUUCUGUUUCCACGGUGGCCAGCUCUACACGGUGGAAUUCCUGGGUGGGAUGUUCAUUGCGGAAUUGACACUUCUGCAAGAACGCUCGCUCCACUCACCGAAACCAAGCCCCACCCUCAUCCCCAAAUUCGAAGAGAGACCAGUUGUGCCAGACUGUGGAUCCUCGGUCGGGUCACGGCUGAUCCAAGCAUUUUGGAUCGCAAAUGUCAUCAGCGGCCUCUUCAUAGCCUCUUGGACCAAUGGCCAUGUGGAAGAGGCAUGGGGGAUCCGUUUCCUGGACAAACUCACCCCGGCUCCGUACAAUGGCCAGCGAGUCUGGUUCUGCCUCGGCGCUUUCCAGAUCGUGGCUGCUUGCACGCAGCUGCCCUCCCUCCAGCGGAUAUUCACCACGGAAAUCCCGCAGUACUUGGGGAGCAUCUCGUACGCUCUGUACCUGAUGCACAACCUGUGUCUGACGAUCUUGGAGCCACGCUUUAAUCCCAUCUUCGGGGAGGUUUUCAGCAUGAAGACGUUCUGGGGCCGACAGCUGACGUGGUUCGCGGGGCUUGCUGUAUAUGUGCCGGUGGUCAUCUGUGUCGCUGAUCUGUUUUGGCGGCUUGUCGACACUCCGACCGUCAAGUUUGCGAAGUGGGUUGAGGGAAAGUGCGUGGUUGAGAAGAAGUCGUGA